AUGUCGUGGAUGGACUCCUGGUCGCGGCCAUCUGCCAACUCAAAAGUACCAGCACCGCUCUACCUUUCUGGACAACAUGUCUCAUACUGUCAUACUUGUGGACGAGUGAUGAACUCCAAAAAGGCCACAAAGAAACAAAAAAACCCCAUCAAGUACUGCUCAGACAAAUGCCGAUCUCGAAAACCAGGAGCCCAAGACAGGAAGAUCGAGCGGACGAUCGUCGCUCUUCUCCAGGACGAGCCGGAUUCGGGCAUCGAAAAGACCGCCGCAAAGUCGAAAGUCGUCAAAGGAGAUACGAGGCUUGUCGUUACCUGCGAUGAGAUUGAGGAAGUUUUCUUUGGGAGUAGAUUUGAUCCUGAGAAAGUCUAUGGAAGAAGGAAGAAUCGCAAGAAGCGGUGGAUUGGCGAUCCGGAUGCGCAGUGGAUGAGCGUUGAUAUGGAAGACAGCAAAUCCGAGGUGUCAGGGGAGGACCAUGAGAGCGAGAGUGAGGACGACGAUGGUGAUGAUUCAGGUUCAGUCCCUUCUACUGAUGGAGGAGUCCGAAUACGACCGCCGCAGGAUCAGUCCGAGGUCAACUUUAGUGUCGGUGGCGAAAGAGGGAAAGCCGAGAAGAUCGAGGAGUCUGCAGAUGAUCUGGAGAAGCGGAGGCAAGGGGCAAGGCGAGCUGAAGAGCGUGAGAUGGUUCGCCGUGCGGCGAGAAGGGGGAUUGUGUUUGGGUUUGAGGUGCCCAGGAGGGAGACAGCGGGAACUAAGUCAAAGACGAAAGCGAAAGGGAGAGGCAAGGACAAUGAUGAUGGUGUGGAAGUGUCACAGAUGGAGGUACGCAAAGCUGAAGCAUUGAUGAAUGGUACGGUCGUGGAGCCGUCGUAUGCCAAAGGAAAUUGGGCCAUUCGAUGGAGGGAAUGA